CGGCCCGGGGGCGGGAGCCGGAGAGCGGGCGGCGCUGCGGGGCCCCGCGGCCGCGGGCUCCAAUGGCGAGGCCGGCGCGGCCCCCGUUAAUUACAUAAGCGGGACGUCAAUAAUUCGCGGGAAAACGCGAAAAAGAUGGCGCCCCGCGCCCGGGGGCCCCCUUCCUGAGCGCCCCGGCCCCUCCCUCCUCCUCCGCCCCCCCUCCCCGCGGCGCCCCCGCCCCGCCCCGCCCCCGCCGAGACCCCGACCCCGGCCCCACGGGCGGACACUCGGCCGGGCAGCCGCGGGCCGAGCGCAGCCGCCUCCGCCACCGAUGCGCCUGGUGGCCAGACUCCAAGUGGGACCGGCGGAUACACAGCCUCGCGUGUCAGUGGAAGCUGAUGGAGAAUCGAGGUGUGGACCCAGGGACUCGGGACUCCUAUGGUGCCACCAGCCACCUUCCCAACAAAGGGGCCUUGGCCAAAGCCAAGAACAACUUCAAAGACCUGAUGUCCAAGCUGACAGAGGGCCAGUAUGUGCUGUGCCGGUGGACGGAUGGACUGUAUUAUCUCGGAAGAUCAAGAGGGUCAGCAGUUCAAAGCAGAGCUGCCUUGUGACUUUUGAAGAUAAUUCCAAGUACUGGGUCCUGUGGAAGGACAUACAGCAUGCCGGAGUUCCUGGGGAGGAGCCCAAGUGCAACAUUUGCCUGGGGAAGACCUCAGGGCCUCUGAAUGAGAUCCUCAUCUGUGGGAAGUGUGGCCUGGGUUACCACCAGCAGUGCCACAUCCCCAUAGCCGGCAGUGCUGACCGGCCCCUGCUCACUCCUUGGUUCUGCCGACGCUGCAUCUUCGCGCUGGCUGUGCGGAAAGGCGGCGCACUGAAGAAGGGCGCCAUCGCCAGGACUCUGCAGGCUGUGAAGAUGGUGUUGUCCUACCAGCCCGAGGAGCUCGAGUGGGACUCGCCGCACCGCACCAACCAGCAGCAAUGCUACUGCUAUUGCGGCGGGCCUGGAGAAUGGUACCUGCGGAUGCUGCAGUGUUACCGGUGCAGGCAGUGGUUCCACGAGGCUUGCACCCAGUGUCUCAAUGAGCCCAUGAUGUUCGGAGACCGGUUCUACCUGUUCUUCUGCUCCGUGUGUAACCAGGGCCCAGAGUACAUCGAGAGGCUGCCCCUGCGAUGGGUCGAUGUGGUUCACCUGGCUCUCUACAACCUGGGGGUGCAGAGCAAGAAGAAGUACUUUGACUUUGAGGAGAUUCUGGCUUUUGUCAACCACCACUGGGAGCUCCUACAGCUUGGCAAGCUCACCAACACCCCUGUGACGGACCGGGGACCACAUCUCCUCAACGCUCUCAACAGUUACAAAAGCCGGUUCCUCUGCGGCAAGGAGAUCAAGAAGAAGAAGUGCAUCUUCCGCCUGCGCAUCCGUGUCCCGCCCAACCCCCCUGGGAAGCUGCUGCCCGACAAGGGCCUGGUGCCCCCUGAGAACGGUGCCUCCUCGGAGCCGCGUAAGAGAGGAAAGAGCAAGCCUGGUUUGUUGCCUCAUGAGUUCCAGCAGCAGAAAAGGCGAGUUUAUAGAAGAAAAAGAUCAAAGUUUUUGCUGGAAGAUGCUAUCCCCAGUAGUGACUUUACCUCGGCCUGGAGCACCAACCACCACCUGGCCAGCAUAUUUGACUUCACGCUGGAUGAAAUUCAGAGUUUAAAAAGUGCCAGCUCAGGCCAGACCUUCUUCUCAGAUGUGGACUCCACCGAUGCUGCCAGCACCUCAGGCUCGGCUUCCACCAGCCUCUCCUAUGACUCCAGACGGACAGUGGGCAGCCGCAAGAGGAAGCUGGCAGCCAAAGCAUACAUGCCACUGCGGGCAAAGCGGCGGGCGGCUGAGCUGGGUGGAUGCUGCCCCUCGGACAGCAGUGCAGAGGGGGCCUCGGGCCCUGAGCGGCCAGACGAGGGCAUCGACAGCCACACGUUCGAGAGCAUCAGUGAAGAUGACUCAUCCUUGUCCCACCUCAAGUCAUCCAUCACCAACUAUUUUGGCGCGGCUGGGCGGUUAGCCUGUGGGGAGAAGUACCAGGUGUUGGCUCGCAGGGUCACGCCUGAGGGCAAGGUUCAGUACCUGGUGGAGUGGGAAGGGACCACCCCUUACUGACCAGCCCCAGGGGAUGCCAGGAACCCUGGAAACCAAAGGAGAGACAGUGGAAGCCCCAGGCUCCCUAGUUCUCUCCAGGCUGGGGUGAGGGAGGGAAGCAGGGCAGAGCUGCAAGUGCCUGGCCAAAGCCCCGCCUGCCUGCCUCCCUGCCAGGCCCGGGCUGUGCCCCUCCUGCUCUUGGCCACCUCUGGCUCACCCCCCUCUGCCUGCGUCUGAGGUCUCGCUGGCUACUUCUUGGUGUCUACACACACUUCCUCAGACUGUUACCUGUUCCUCUGAUUUAGUGUCCUGCUGGCUCUGUGGCCUGUUGAGGCCUGAGUCCUUGUCCCCAGUGUGUCCCUUUACCUCUCUUUCCCCUUUUGGGUGUGUUGUGUCUAUACACCCAACCCUCCACUGGAUGUCCUUCACACCUGACCCAUCCCAGGGACCACACACGCCGGAAAUCUAAGAAAGGCUGGGUGAAGAUGGGUAAGUGGAGGCCCCGAGGAGCCCAUUUCCCAUUUUCCUGUCCCUCCUCUGCCCUGCGGAAGAGGGGGUGAGGGUGGGAGGCCUCUGGAGGCGGUGUGGCAGAGACUCUGAGACCUCAGGUUCUGAGUGAUCAGGAGGCACCAGCACCAGAGCCCCGUUAUUAAGACUUAAAAACGAAGGCUGUGGUUGUCAGCUUCCGAGAUCCACAAAAGUUCUCCCCCCUCCUGCUACAUCCCUUGUUACGUGAGGCUGGCCCUGAGCUUGCAAACCUGAGGGCUGAGAGGAAGUAGAAUGAAAGGGAGCUUGUCCUGCUACACCUGAGACUGUCUCCUCUGCCUCCAACCCCCAGACCCCAGCAACACACACACCAACUUCCAACCAGGUGUGUGUUUUCACCUCCAGGUGCAUACACACCACACACAUAACCCCACAUUCCUUUGAGUGCCAGCCUGGCUCCUGCCCCUGGUUUUCCUUUGGCCCUCUCCUAGGGCCAUGUGCUAUAACUAAAUGUGAAAGUCUGGCUCCUGCCCGUGAACCAGCUUUGACCCUAGAGGGAAGCACAGGGGACUCUUACCCUCUUCCUUAUUCCCCUGCCCCGCCCUGAAACUGACAAUCAUUUUUGGGGGCAGGUUAGGAUUUUUUUUUUAAGGGCUUGAGUCACUCAGUCCCCUCAAAGGGAAGUCUUUGUUAGUAGGAGUAUAAACAGUUCUUAGAACUGACAUUAAAACUCAGACCCAUGUGUAGGAAGACCAAAACUGGGAGGGGGAGGAGACCCCUGAUUUUUUGCUGCUUCCAGAGGUAUUAGAAACUGAUUCAAUUGAUUUGAAAAUGGAAAGAAGUGCCUUGACUAGGGGAGGAUGUGCCAGAUGGGGACCAGCUUGGCUGGGUUCUGGAGGCUGCCAGCUGCAAGGUGAAGGUGGAUGAACAAGGGGUGGGAACAGGCCUGGAGCUUUUUUUUUUUUUUUCUCCAUUAUUUGGCUGACCCCCCCCCCAUCUCUGAGCAUCCAAGGGGUCCCUGAAAUAGCUCAGGUGCCCCUUGCCUCAAACCUCAGCUCAAACAGUGCCUUUCAACUGGGACCUCACUUCCUCUACACAGCCCCCCCACUUCCCUCUGCUCCCCAGCAUGGUCCAGGCAGGGAUAAGCUGAUUGGGCCCAGUUCUCUCCCUUCUCAGCCCCCCAGCUGCUGCCACUGAAGCCCCCCAUCUGGAGCCAAGUGGAAGGGAGCUGAGAAGCUAGCCCCCAGCCCAGCUGGGGUGUGGGAUCAGAUCCACCCAGUGGCCUCCUGCCUGGCUCAACAGCACAGCAACCUCCCAGGCCUGCUUUCCAGGCUUCUGAGGAAGUGUAGGAUGAGCACAGCUUGUUGAAGCAGGCUUCAGAGGCUCUGGGCUUGAAGAGAAGGAGGAAGACAGUGUCUUCCCCACGUGGAGGUCUGCAUAAGGCCUGGCAAGGUCACCCUGACCCCACCACACCCCAGCAUUUUGUUCAUACCUGAUAAUAGCUGCAUUACUGCCAACUGACCUUAUCAUAACCCUGUGCACCUUUGAAAAGAUUUAUCGUUUUGAAUUGCUGCUUCUAAUAACAUUUGUUAUAUUAAAAUUAUAAUUAAUGUGUCUGA